AUGAAGAACCAAACCAAGGUGAGCCAAUUCAUCUUAUUGGGCUUAAGCAAAGACAUGGAACUUCAGAACAUACUCUUUGCAAUCUUUUUGAUGUUGUAUUUGGCCACCUUAGUUGGGAAUGGAGCUAUUGUUAUUGUAGUUUUAAAUGAACAACACCUUCACAGCCCCAUGUACUUUUUCCUUGGAAAUCUUUCCUGCCUGGAUAUCUUCCAUUCCUCAGCAACAGUACCAAAGAUGCUUUCUGGUUUUCUGACAGAACUGCAAACAAUUUCAUUCAAUGGCUGUAUGGCCCAGCUGUUUUUCUUCUACUUCCUGGGCAGUAGUGAAGCUAUUCUUCUUGGAGUCAUGGCCUAUGACCGCUAUGUUGCUAUAUGCAACCCCUUGCACUAUACCAUUAUCAUGAGAAAAGAGGUCUGCGUCCUAACGACAGCAGUUUCCCUGUCAACUGGUUUUCUUCAUGCCUUGAUGCAUGCAGUAGUGACUGCUCAUCUACCCUUUUGUGGACCAAAUCUCAUUGAACACUUUGUCUGUGAUACCAAACCAUUGUUAAAACUGGCCUGUGGUAGCACACAACUCAGCCUUAUGCUCCUCAAUACUGUGACUAGCUGCAUUGCAAUUGGCCCUUUUAUCAUCACAGUCCUCUCCUACCUCUACAUUAUUACUUUCCUCCUCUUCAAAAUACAGUCCCAAAGUGGUCGGUGGAAAGCCUUCUCCACUUGCGGAUCCCACCUGACUGUGGUGGCUUUACUUUAUGUUCCUGUGCUGUUUAACUACAUGCUUCCUGCUCUGGGUGCCUCCUCUCAAUGA